GAGGGGCGGUUGGGUUUGGCUGAUCGUGCUGUGACGGUGAUUGUGCGGGCGAGCAAGCAGAGCCGUGUGCUCCCUCUGCAGAUUCGAAUUCAAGAACAAGGUUCACAGGUUACGGUGAGGCCUGCAAGGAGCCGCAGGCGGCUGCAAGUGCUGUGACAAUCGACACGAUGGGCCAAGGCACGUCGACCAUCUUCCUCAGCAACCAGACCAAUGAGGUGGUGAAGAUCUCCGGACAGCUGAUUGCCAAGAAGGAUGGUUUUUACGAAAAAACGGGCGAGGUUGCCAACACGGUCGUCCCUGCUCGCGGAUCGGGCCAAAUGGUGGGGACGCGCAGCAAUCAGUAUUUCAAGCUGCGCUAUGAAAUGCUUUUUGUACUUGAAAGCGGGGCUUGUGCCCGAUGUAGCGUCAAUGUGCCACCAAAGAACAUCAUCUAUACGUUGGAAAUCACACCGUCUCACGUGCGGCUCCGCGACGACAAGAUUUUGGCUUCCUUUGUGAGCGAGAGUGGAGCCACCCCAGCCCUGCUCAGCCCAGAUUCGGAAGCUGCGCACUCAGGUUUCUAUUCAGAUGAGGAGGAGGAGGAUGCCACUUCAGAGGACCUGGGGCCUCUGCAGCCGGUGGCACAGGACCGGUUGCCCAAAGACAAGACUGUCAUUUUGACGAGCCAGGCCUCGCACAAGGAUCUUCGAAUUUUGGACGGCGGACGAGUGGACGGUCGGGGCACAGGUGGCACCUAUGCGCGAUUUGUUGUGGAUCCAUCUCCAGCGGGAUUUUUACGACUGCGCAGUGCACACAAUCCCAAUCGUUUCCUGGCCCUCAAAGGCGGGCAGUUGACAUCGGGACAUGGUGGCAAGUUUUGCGAACUUCAGGCCAUGCAAUACGCCAACGGUCUCGUCAUCCUGCGCUCCCUGGAUGGCGCCCAGGGUGUGGGCGUAGAUGCAAAAGGCAAUGCGUGUUUGCCCCAUGAGGUCACGCAGACGGGCAGCGCCCUUUUCCAGCUCAAGCUUGUCAAAGAUGAAGCGACGCGCACGGGGCACAGUAGUAGCGAACCUAAAGUCAUUGGCUUGAAUGGCCGCCUCGACAAAGUUGUCCACCUCACUGGCAAGUUGCCCAAUGGGCGGUGCAUCACAGCUGUUCAUGGUGAUGGUGCCAAGAUACAAACAGGCCAUGGGCAGCUCAGGGUGCUGCACUCGGCAGGUGGGGCAGGUCGAGGCCUGCUGAAGCCAAUCGUCGAUGCAACUUCGGUGGAAAUGGUGGCCACAUUUUCGAAGACGCACAACCCCCGAUGA